AUGGACUGCUUGGCCCAGAAACUGGACUCACUGCUACAAAGCGAAGCUGCCAUGUUUGAAGAAGCACGAAAUGAAGUCGAAGAGAUCAAGGCCGAGCUGGCUGCCAUGAAGUCAUUUCUGGAGGAUUCCGAGGAUCCAAAAGCUACCCACUCCAAAUCCAAGCAAACCCAUGUCGCCCAAGUCAGGGAUUUGGUCUACGAUGUCGAAGACAUCGUCGACGAGUUCAUCCACCACCGUAGCAAGUGGCAGAGCAGCAGCCUUGGUACCUUCUCCGGCUAUCUCCGGACGGCUCUCUUCUUCCCUCUCCUCUUCUGGGAGAGGAGACAAAUUGCCGCCAAGCUCAAGGAAAUCACUUCUUUGAUCAAAGCAAUUCCUGAGAGAAAUCAACGGUAUCAGCAAGCACUAGAUGAUGAUCAUCGAGCAGCGAGGAACACGGCCGUGUUCAAUGCAGAGUCGGCUCUGUUUCUGAAAGAGGAAGAACUCGUCGGAAUCGAACCAUUUCAGAAACUGAUGGUUGAAUGGCUCACUGGCGGUGAUAAUCCCCGGCGGAAGACUAUCUCGGUGGUGGGGAUGGGUGGCUCCGGUAAGACCACUCUGGUUGCCAAUGUGUUCAAUUCUCCCGCCGUGAAACGCUGCUUUGACUGUGCUGCUUGGAUUACUGUCUCUCAGUCAUUUGCUAUCGAGGAUUUGUUGAGAAGCUUGAUCAAGGAAUUCGGGAUUCGCAAAAUGGAGCAAUUGAGCAGGAUGGGGUAUCGUGAGCUCAUCGAGAUGCUCGUGGAGUAUUUGGAACGAAAGAGGUAUCUAGUUGUGCUUGAUGAUGUCUGGAAUGCUAAUGUUUGGAGUCAUAUCAAAGUGUGGCUUCCGGAUGAAAAAAAUGGAAGCAGUGUCAUCGUUACGACUCGAAUUCAUGACAUCGCUAUGUACUCGUCUUCCUCUGAAGAUGGAAACAAUGUUUACAAUGUGAAGCCGCUGGAUAAGAACAAAGCAAUGGAGUUGUUCUGCAUCAGAGCUUUCUCCUCCAAGAAAUGUCCUCUUCACCUUCAGAGUCUAGCUGCUGACAUUGUGGAGAAAUGUCAAGGCUUGCCCCUUGCAAUUGUGUCGCUGGCCGGUCUGUUAUCGACGAAAAGAUGUUCGGUAGCUGACUGGACGAUGGUUCAGAAGAAUCUGCAGUGGGAGCUGAGCAACAACCAGAUCCUUCAGCCGAUUGGAAGCAUUCUUCUAUUGAGCUACUACGAUCUUCCUUACCGACUAAGGCGCUGCUUUCUUUACUGUUGCUUGUUCCCAGAGGACUACAAGAUAUGGUGUGGCAGGCUAACAAGAUUGUGGAUGGCAGAAGGGUUUGUGGAGGAUGAACAAGCCAAUGGCGUAACACCGGAGGAGGUUGCUAAGCGUUACCUUAUGGAAUUGAUCGGUCGAAACUUGCUUCAGUUUGUGGAUUCAGAAUUGUCUGUGAAUGACAGAAUGUGCAAGAUGCAUGACAUGUACCGGGAGGUCGGGCUUACAAUAGCAAGCCAAGAGAAGCUUUUCUUCAUCUGUGAUGUUGGAAACCCUGCAGCUGUGUCCAAUGAAGACGACGCAGAACAUCAUCAUCACCGUCUAUCAAUUCACCGAGCGAGUAAGAUUCAUAAACAAGACGUGCUGAGAUUGAUCGAUGGUAUGUCACGCAUUCGCUCUCUCUUCAUAUUCCCUAGCAAUGGAUGCUGUCAUUUCUCUUUGAGUGAACUGGAUUGCACGCAAUUGAGAAAGCUUAGAGUGUUGGAUUUCGAAGAAGCUCCGAUCGAGGAAUUACCUGACCACAUUGACAGUUUGUUCAAUUUGAGGUUCUUGAACUUGUUUGCCACUCCAGUGAAAAGGUUGCCCAGCUCAAUCGCAAGGUUACAAAACCUUCAAACUCUAGAUGUAGUGGGCACAAAAAUUCAAGCUCUCCCCAAAGAGGUCACUGAGUUGCAGAAACUGCGCCACUUGUUUACUGGCUACUCCAAACGAACAACGGCAAGAGAUUGUGAUGGGCUACACGGCAUCAAACUUUCUGCGGGAUCAGACAUCGGCACAAUGAAGAACUUACAGUCCCUACGUUUGGUAGAAGCAAGUGGACAUCUGGUGAAGCAGCUGAGAUUCAUGACGCAACUCGUAGUACUCGGAAUAACCAACCUCAAGGGGCAAGCUCAAAUGAACGACUUGUGUUGUUCUCUUAAGAACAUGAGUCUGCUGCAACGGCUAACAAUUGGCACUGGCAAUGAUGUGGAGAUCCUUCGAUUGGAUCGACUUGGUCGAUCUCCUCCACUGCCACGCCUUCAAUACCUGAGCCUGUUCGGGAAACUGGAGAAGUUUCCACGGUGGAUUUGCUCUCUUCCAAGCCUCGUCGACCUGCAGAUGCAUCGUAGUUGCCUGCCCGUGGAAGAGGAUCCGCUGAAACAUCUGCAUCAGUUGCCGAGUUUGAGCAGCAUUUUCCUGAACAAUGCAUGCCAAGGGACGAAACUGGUUUUCCCAGUAGGGUUUGCCAAUCUCAAAACAAUGGCACUCAAGAAUUUUCCAGGACUCAAGAGCAUGACAAUAGCAGAUGGAGCUAUGCCUGGCAUCAAAAUACUGCAGGUUUCUAGUUGCAUGAAUCUGAAGACUGUACCACAAGGUAUUCAACAUCUGAACGAACUCGAGCAAUUGAGACUUGACAUUGUCCCCGCGGAGCUUGUAGAGAGCAUUUGUGGACCGGAUCGACGCUACGUUCAACACAUCCCUCUCGUCAGAUGUCAUUACUACUCAUCAUCUGGGAAAUACAUUCGCAAGAACUUGUUCUAG